UUUGGCACCAGUUCCAAGGAUUAAGCAUUCGACGUGUUUGCCCGGUGUGGUUAUGUAACGCAGAAGGUGGUGCCAACUCAGCCCCAACAAAAGCCUUCGAACCCCAGCCAAACGGGGCAGAAUCCAUCUCUUGGAAACAGAGAGGAACAGCUGGUGAAUAGCUGCCACCAUGGAGCUGGCGGGUACAGUCACCCUCUUCCUCGUCAUCUACCUGUCCUGUCUUGUCAUCAUAUCAGCAAAGAAAAAAAUAGCACGCAAGGGGACGCUACCCCCCGGACCCACCCCUCUGCCUCUGAUAGGGAAUUUCCUGCAGAUCAAGUCAGGAAAAAUCCUACAAUCCCUUCUAAAGUUGCGUGAAAAAUAUGGGCCAGUGUUCACGGUCUAUUUUGGAACGCGUCCCAUUGUGGUCUUAUGUGGACACGAUGCCGUGAAAGAGGCCCUGAUAGACAAGGCGGAUGAAUUCAGUGGAAGGAAAACCAACCCUACCGUAGAAAGGACCUUCCAAGAACACGGGGUGGUCUUUUCCGAAGGGGAGCGCUGGAAGCAGCUGCGACGGUUCUCACUCACCAUCCUGAGGAAUUUCGGCAUGGGGAAAAAAACCAUUGAGGAGCGGAUCAAGGAAGAGGCCCAAUUCCUGCUGGAAGAAUUUCAGAAGACCAAGCAGAAGCCCUUCGACCCCACCUACUACCUCAGCCGCGCCGUCUCCAACGUCAUUUGCUCCAUCGUCUUUGGCGACCGCUUUGACUACAAGGACAAAGAAUUCCAGUCCCUCAUGGAGAUGAUGAACAACAGUUUCCGGGAGAUGAGCACAGCCAGGGCUCAGUUAUACGACAUGUAUGUUGAGGUCCUGAAGUACUUUCCAGGGCCUGAGACCAAGAUCUACAACAUGCUGGAUAACAUGAGGGUCUUCAUUGCCAAGAGAGUGAAGGAGAACCAGAAGACCCUUGACCCCAACUCCCCUCGGGACUUCAUCGACUGCUUCCUCAUCCAGAUGGAGAAGGAGAAAGACAACCCAUCCAGUGAAUUCAGCAUCAAGAACCUGGAGCUCACCACCCUUAACUUGUUCUUUGCUGGGACGGAGACCGUCAGCUCCACCCUGAGAUAUGGUUUUCUGCUGCUGAUGAAAUACCCCGACGUGCAAGCAAAGAUGCACGAGGAAAUUGACCGAGUGAUUGGCCAGAACCGUGUCCCAAACAUUGAGGACCGGAGCCAGAUGCCCUACGUGGACGCCGUCAUCCACGAAGUGCAGAGGGUCAGCGACCUCAUCCCCAUGGAUGUGCCCCACUCAGUUAUCCGCGACACCGAAUUCCGAGGCUACGUCAUCCCUAAGGGGACAGAAAUCUACCCCAUGCUCACCACCGUCCUGCAUGACCCCACAAAGUUUGAUACCCCAGAUGCCUUCAACCCAGGGCAUUUCCUGGAUGAGGACGGACGCUUCAAGAAGAACGACGCCUUUGUGCCCUUCUCCUCAGGCAAGCGGAUCUGCCUGGGCGAAGCGCUGGCCCGCAUGGAGCUCUUCCUCUUCUUCACCACCAUCCUGCAGAGAUUCUGGCUGAAGCCCCUGCAGGCCCCCCAGGACAUUGACACAACCCCCCAGGAGAGCGGCUUUGCCAACAUCCCGCCCCUCUACCAGCUCUCUGUCAUCCCACGUUGAGUGGGAGACCGGAUUCAGGGGCCCCUUCCUCCCCUGCAGAAGCUGGAUUCCCAGGAUAGACCGGGGGGGGGGGUGAGGGGGGGUGUUGUAAUUUUUCCUGGCAAUCACAAAAGGGCUUUCGAGGGGUGGUUUCCACAUUCCACCCUCAAAUUUGGCUUCACUCCCCUGCGGUGCUUUCAGAAGUCCAGGGAGGAAGCAGGUGGCGUUGCCCUUCUUAGGGGUCCCUUCUUGAACCAUUGUGGCCCUUCCUGCCCCUGCUGAUCCUGAAGGGCUUUGAUGCCUUUUGAUUUGAUUUUCAACAUACGAGUGUACUCAAAGCCUUGAAGUUGCCUUAAAAUGAUAAAAAUAUAUAUACUGCA